UUUGGACGGAUCUAUGGACGGAUCUUUGCUAGCUUCAGUUGGCAUUGUUCUCUAACUGCUCUGCGACCAACACCAAACCAUGAUGCUUCCUCUGAGUUGUCUGCUGCUGCUGUGCAGUUGGUCUGUGUGUUGUUGCGAAGGGUAUGUGUCUCCUGCCAUUCGGGAACGCUGGGCUGCCGGGUAUACCAAAGAAGAGGCGAUUCAAACGAUUGAAGAAUGUGCCGAAGAAGGAGAUGCCUUGAAUACGCAAGAUGAUUUAUUCUGCGCCGUCAAAUAUCUGGAUCGAUUUGGGUCCUCGCUCCACUAUAAGGAUGACAAGGUCAAACAGGAGCUGAUGGCGCAGUGUCAGGGAUCCUGGGAACUUCGCUUGGCAUUGAAUUCGGACCGAGAUCAAGAAUUUUACCCCCAUCCCGAAUUCCGAUCCUUUGCCAUGGCAUUCAUCACGGUGGAAGACGACUACUUUGGAAAGGGCAUUGCGCCCAAUCCUACCUUUUGCUUUGUGUCCAUUGCGGGACCUUCCACCCAAAAUUACAAGACACGGCAGGUAUUCAUGGAAUACGAAGACUACUACAUUAAUGGGCGGACCGUGCCGGGGUGGGAUCUAUCCUACUAUCUGAGAGGAUAUCAGCGAAACUGGGUUUCCACAGAACGAAAACGACCACCACUCGCAUUCACCGUCAUUAUGGCAACCGAAAAUGCCAUGGUCGUAAGAGGAAGCAAAACGGGAGGAAUCGCCAUUUUUAGAAGAAUCCAAGACGAUAUGAGACCAGCGGCGUAUGGAGUAUAGUAAGGAAUGAAUAGUACAGUAAUGCAUCGAUUCGAGGUGCAAAACAGAGUCGAUUGCUCGUCAGUGCUGAGUUGUGGAGGGUGUGCCAAUGACCAGCCAUGAACCAACCAACCACUGCCUGGAGUGCCAAACUUGAACAACUAGCUAUCUAGAGAGGCAAAUCGUCUUGUUCGUUCGUUCCUUCAUUCCUUCCUUUCCUCCUUCCGACCCAAUAAAAUGGAAUUAGUGAAGCAGAUCAGAGGCAGACUUGCUCAGGCUCCUUUCUUUUGAGCGAAGAAUCCACCACGUGCGUGUACUCCCCAAAGUAAGUGUUGUUCACUGCAUUGCUAGCUAUUGCUUUAGCUAGCAUGGUACAACUGUUCCGUCGAGGAGCUAUUGUGGUUCAUGUACCGUACCGGCACGAGUACAGGCAGGAUAGUAUAGCUAGAAUUCUAUGGGGCGACGAACAGUUCUAGCUACCGGUAAAGCAUUA